AUGGAUAUGAAGCAUUUUGGGGGAACAGUGGAUGCUACAGUUGCAUAUGAUUGGAAGCUUGGUCUGCAACGGAAAUUGGAGAUUAUUGAGUGUCCACCAGAGGUUUCACUUAGGUUGGCUAUGCAGUACCUACGUGGAGAUGCACUUGUGUGGUGGGAGGGAGUACGAUUGGGCCAUCGUGGGCCUGAUCCGCUUACCUUUGCAGAUUUUAUUCGGGAGUUCGAUAGGAAGUUUGCAGGAGGUGGUAUUACUGAGGAAGACCUGAUUAGGAAGUUUUUGGGUGGGAUGCGAGUCGAAAUUCGCAACAGAUGCCGUGUCGUCACUUACCACAUAUUGGAAGAUUUGGUGGAGAAAGCUGCUGAGCAGGAAUCAGGUUUGGCAGAGGAACAAAAGCUCCUCAAGUCAUCUCAGAGUAAGUCUGGAAAGACUGAUGAGUCUCACAGGAGGACCAGAGACCAGUUAGAGGCACUGUAUUGUGCUCGUUGUCGUCGUCAUCACAGCGAAGAGUGUCCCAAGUGUUUUACUUGCGGAAGGUGGGGACAUUUGUCAAAGUAUUGUCGGGUGAAACCAGCGGAUGCGACUUCGGCCAGUCAGAUUGCAGCACCUACAGCAGCCAACAAGGUUUGUUACAAUUGUUAUGAGCCCGGUCAUAUUGCCCGAGAGUGUCCAAAGAAGGGGCAACCAACGCUCCCACCAGCUAAGCGUCAAGUCGUCGCUCCACGUGUGUAUGCCCUAGGAGAGGCCAAUGGAGCUGAGCCGACAGCCGGAUCGGUUUCUGUUGGAGGUGAGGUAGCUCACACUCUUUUCGAUACGAGAGCUUCUCACAGCUUCGUGAGUUCGCGACUAGUCAAGUCUUGGCCUUUUCAGGGUUUCUUUGAACCAAAGACUAAGCAGAUUCAGACAGCCGGCACAGAGAGAAUUGGAGCCACUAGCGUGCAUCGAGAUGUUCAUGUCUUACUUGGAGGGUUCGUUUUCACCGGAGACCUAGCAGAGAUGGAGCUAGAUUACUACGACGUUAUACUUGGAAUGGAUUGGCUGUCGCGACAUCGAGUGGUGUUAGAUUGCCCGAAGGCAAGGGUUCAUAUCCCUAGAGAAGAGGGGAAGCUCACAUUCCAGUGUGUUCAAGCUCACCGGGAAAUUUCUAUUGUCUCCAUGAUACAUGCUGAGGAUUUAUUGGAAAGAGGAGCAGAGGGGUUUCUGGCGACUAUUUCGAUGGUUAAGAAUGACGGACAUCACGAGUUGCAGGACAUUCCGGUGGUUGAGGAGUUCGAGGAUGUAUUUGAGGCCUUAAAGGGACCACCACCAGCGAGAGGAGAUGCUCUCACUAUUGAGUUGGAACCAGGGACAGCACCGGGUUUCAUCAGACCCAGUACUUCACCGUGGGGAGCACCAGUACUGUUUGUGAAGAAGAAAGAUGGGAGUUUCAGGCUUUGUAUUGAUUACAGAGGUUUGAACAAGGUGACCAUCAAGAAUAAGUAUCCACUUCCGCGUAUUGAUGAGUUGUUGGAUCAGUUACAGGGAGCCUCAUGGUUUUCUAAGAUUGACUUGGCAUCAGGUUAUCACCAGAUUGCGUUAGCAGGGGAGGAUGUGCGGAAGAUGGCUUUCUGCACACGUUAUGGACAUUACGAGUUUGUGGUGAUGCCAUUUGGGUUGACGAAUGCACCUGCAGCAUUCAUGAAACUUAUGAAUGAUGUUUUUCGCGAGUAA